CCUUUGCGUAGUGAUCAUCAAAUCACGUUCAGCUGUAUAUCAGUAGACGAUGUGACUUGAAAGAUUUGCACGACUUGAUGCCCAAGUUGACACCUAAUGAUUUUGCGUCUCAUUAUUUCCAUUUCAUCCCGUCAUGUCGUUCUGAGUUUGCACUACGCGGGAAUUAAACUCUCGAUCAACUGUUACCAUGUCGUUUCCUGUCGUCAACGGUGUCGAGGUUGCGGUGGCACCUCCAUCGGGGUACAGAGUUGACUUUGAGAACCCAUUGACUGAUGCGUCGAUGGUAAGGAAUGCGUAUUGGAUCUUUGGGCUGGAAUUUGCGAUAGCGACGGCAUUUUUGGGGCAGCGGAUGUAUACGAAUGCGGUGAUUCUACGCAAGUUCUUGAUCGACGACUAUUUAAUCCUUUUCGCUUGGGUCCUUUCUAUCGCGGCUCAAUCAUGUCUUCUCAAUGCAUACAGUCGCAAACUACUUGGCGUCCAUGCAUGGGAGAUGCCAAUCGACAGCAACACUCAAGCCAACCUACUCGUCAUGUGCACGACACUGACUUACAUCCCGACGACAAUCCUCUCCAAGCUUACGCUCUGCUUCUUUUACUACCGCCUCUCGCCAUCUCUAUGGUAUCAAUACUCGGUCUACUUCACCGGCUUCAUCUGCAGUGCUAGUCUCGUCGGUAUCUGGUUCAGUGUUCUUUUCGCAUGCAAACCUAUCGCUGCGGGAUGGGAUGUUAGGAUGUCGGUUGGGGCUACUUGCAUCAAUCGUCCUCCCAUCUACAUCACCCAGGCUGCCUUUGGUUGCAUUACUGAUGUGAUGCUACUGGUAUUGCCUAUUCCAACAGUUGUCGGUCUACAGAUGUCUGCGCGACAAAAGCUUGGUCUUGUCGGACUAUUCGCUAUCGGUUCCAUUACUCUCAUUACAUCCAUUGUCCGGCUGGUUCUUCUUCUGCCAAGCUUGUCGAAUCCCGACCAGAGUUGGUCAUUGGCAGAAGGAUGUCUCUGGGUCAUCAUCGAAGCCAAUCUGCUCAUCAUGUGCGGUUCCCUCCCUACCCUUCGUGUCUUUCUCAAAAACGUCGCCCCUCGAGUUCUCGGCGACAAGAGCACACGAAAAGGUAGUGAAGAGCAAAGUGGAAGCGCCAACUUUGGUCUCCAUACCUUUGGUGGUUCAAAUGGACCACGCCGAAAGUUCGAUACGCUCGUAGAGCUGGAGCAUGAUACUCACUUCAACAGAGUGAGCUUGCGGCCUGAAGGGAUGGGUAAGACAGAUGUCAACAUCUACAGUGGCAGAUCGGAUGAAUCUUUGGAGAACAACCCAACUGGGGAUAAUGAUAGUGAGGACGGGAUACUGCAGACGCGUACUACGACUGUUCAGUAUGAGAAUAUGUAGUUUACGAUGGACGAAAAAGUAAUAGUAAUUGAAAUGAACCCCCGGUCAUAAGGAUCCCUAGCUUUCCAGGCAGAAGCAAGAUCUUGGACGACAGUGAGGGCAACGAGUAUAUUGCCCAGAUUUGUCGAUUGGUGUUCUUUACCCUCG